UCCACAGAUCUGACUUCCCUCCUAUCAGGCCAGUCGUUUCCUUUGGCCUCUGCUCCGAGGACGAGCAGGAGGGAAAAGCUGGCAGGACCAAGCUCCCUGAUGUUGUCAGAAGCCCCCUCUCCUUUCCUCUGGGUCUGAUGAGCCUCUUUCCCUCUGCUUGGGAUUCUUCCUCCCAGAAGGCCGUGUGAAUUGGUCUGAGGCUGCCCCCUAGAAAGCUCUGGUCUCCCUGGUCCCUUCCUCUCACCAUGGACCUCCUCCUCUGCCUGCUGCUACUGCUCCAGUUCUCCAAAGGGUCCUUUUCUCAACAGAAGCAACAGUUUGGGAUUCAUAUCCAGAAGACAGUUACUGUGCAGGAGUGGCUGUGUGUCUCCAUCCCCUGUUCUUUCUACUAUUCCGCAGAAUACGAGAAUAAUGACACGGGCCACGGAUACUGGUACCACAGGGAAUGCUCAGACAAACCAGUGGCCACUAAUAACCCCCAAAAGGAUGUCCAUCCCUGGGCCAAGGGCCGGUUCUACUUUAUUGGGAACCCCCAAAUGGACAACUGCUCCCUGAGAAUUACUGGGGCCAGAAAAUGUGAUCAGGGGGAAUAUGAGUUCCGUAUAGAAAAGGGAAACCUUAUGUACAGUUACAAGGACGACAGAGUGCUCAUCCAGGUGGAAGAUCUGACCCAGAAGCCAGAGGUCCACAUGCCAGAGAUUUUGGAACCCAGGCAACAGGUGACCUUGACCUGUACGGCUCCUGGGGCCUGCAGCAAUGAGAUACCUGUCACCUUCCUCUGGAAUGGGACUGCCCUCUCUUCCCAGACACUAGCCUCACUAAAUACCAAUUCCUCCGAACUCCUCUUCACCCCCCAGCCACAGGAUGAUGGCACUAAUCUCACCUGUUGGGUGAUAUUCCCAGGAGCCACAGUGAGCACAGAGAGAACUAUCCACCUCAGGGCUGCUGAUAGAGGCCUGCCGAGUUCCAGUCUCUUUUGGAAAACAGUGAUUCAAGGACCCCUGGUUGUUGUACUCAUCUUGGCUGCUGUGCUCUUCGUGUGCCUGGUGGUUUACCUAGUGAAAAUACUGAGGAGAAAACAGUCAGAGGGAGACGUGGGGGCUGCGAGGUCUGGGAUCAACACCAACCAGUUCUCCAAUGGAAUCCCACUGGAAGAACAUGAGAAUUCUAGGCAGCACACCACCUCAGAGAUCCCUCCCCAUGUACUGGUCCCCUGCUCACAGAAGAGGGAGGACCAGGUACACUAUGCCUCCAUCUCCUUCCAAGCCCAGAAGCCCCAAAAGAUCUGCAAAUCUGAAGACGCCAACACUGAGUACUCAGAGCUCAAGUCCCAAUGAGGAAGCUAGAAGAAAGGGUGAGGGGGAUGAUGAAAAAUGUUUGGGAUAAGAGAUCAUCUGUAGCUGUUAGAAAGAAGGUAACUAACAAUGCCACUGGAUGAUAUCUAUUGAAUCCAUCAACAGACACUUAUCCAUAUUAGACCAUAUCCAAAACAUCCAUAUUGGAGUGAUGCAAGAAAAAGACAAGGCAUUGUCUUCCAUGAUCUUAUAAGAUGAAUAGGAAGAGAAAAACUAAUGAGAGAACACAGAAUAUAGAAUGUCAAAGCUGGAAGGCUUUAAGCACUGGGCCACAUACACUUCUAAUCCUGAUCUUUUUUCGUUUCAGUUCCACAUGACCAAUUUCCUAUUAGACAUCUCCACCUUGGUAUUGUUUAGACAUCUCAAACUCAGAAUGAAUAAAACAAACACUAUUAUAUAAUAGAAGUAAGUAGACCAGCGCUUUAUCAGCACAGAUUAUGCAUUGAUAUGUUGGAAACUGCAACACAUCAUUUUCAGGUUGCAAAAGAAGGACAAGCGUUAAGUGGCUAGAAUUAUCUACCAUAGAUCAGCUAUCCUUUAGAAACUUUUGUGGUUGUUGUUCAGUCGUUUCAGUCAUACCUGACUCUUCAUGACCCCAUUUGGGGUUUUCUUGGCAAAGA